AUUAAAAGGGUAACUUUUUCUUAGUUUAAGAAUUUGAUGUGUAUAUGUAUGUCUGUUUCUAUGCUAGUGAAGAGGUUUAAUUACAGCACUCAGAUUUUGUUGUUUAAUGUAUCUCUUGCAAGGUCAUAGAGUGCAAAACAUUUGAAGAUCUGUUAGCAACAACACAGCCACUUGAGGAGUAUUUGGCCAAUGCUGGCUGCCUGAGGCCACUGCGGAGGUUGGAAGACAAGAAUCUGCUUGUAGAUGACAUCCUGAUGUUCCAAGUGUUACACAGAGUGCGUGGUCCUUUUGAGAGAUUCAGGGAUGGACUGAGGACACUUGGUGUGCUGGACAAAAUCAAAGGUCAUCCGGAGAGUUUCCGCCCCCUUCUAUGCUGGUCUCCUACAAUGCUCACCGCUGACCUGGUUGACAGCCUCUUUACCAUCAAUCUGUCUCCAGUUGGUAGCAAUAGGAGGCAUGCUGAAGAAGUCGUUGUUCCUUUCUGGAGAGACUAUCUAACAGAUGCAGAAGAUCAAGAGGGAACACAGAAGCUGGGGACAAUUCUCGCCUUUGCCACUGGCGCCAAUACAGUUCCACCAAUUGGCUUCUUUCCACAACCUUCAAUAGAGUUUCUUCACCAAGAGCAGGACACAGCGACCCCUUCGAAACUGCCCAUUGCAAACACCUGCAUCAAUUGCUUGAAGCUGCCACUGCACACCUCUUACAGAGCCUUUCAGGAAAACAUGGAUUUUGCAUUGGGCAAUACCCAUGGUUUUGGAAUGGCUUAAUUUGUGGACAGGCCUCUUUCUCAGUAUUCUGUUAAAGGUCAAAAUUUGAGUAAGCAUGCUGAUAAUCCUGAAACCGUUCUUCACACAUUUUUUGUUUAGAAAAAUACACAUUUGUUGCAUCUUUGUUAAAAUAAGGUGCUAAUAUCUUAAGUACAGUUCAGGUUUUAAUAAAGUUUUAU